AUGUUGAAUUUGGGAUGCUUGUUGCUGGUUAUUUUUACUAGUUUGUUUUUUGCUGAGCCGGUGAGCGGCGAAAAUCAGAACGUGAAGGAAAACCGAUUAGCCAAGGAGAAGUCUCCUUAUUUAUUGCAGCAUGCGAAAAAUCCGGUGGAUUGGUAUCCUUGGGGCGAGGAGGCAUUUACGAAGGCGAAAAAAGAGCAGAAGAUGAUUUUGCUGAGUGUGGGGUAUUCGACGUGUCAUUGGUGUCAUGUGAUGGAGCGAGAAUCGUUCGAGGAUCAGGAAAUCGCGCGGUAUUUGAAUGAGAAUUUUGUGAGCAUUAAGCUGGAUCGAGAAGAGAGGCCCGACGUAGAUCAGGUUUACAUGUCCUUUUAUCAAGCGAUGACUGGAGAAACGGGAGGCUGGCCUUUGAAUAUGUUUUUGACGCCCGAUUUAAAGCCGAUCACAGGUGGAACAUAUUUCCCGCCGAGAAUGAAGGCUGGGCGCGUCGGUUUUCUAGAUGUGCUCAAGCGGGUGCAGGGGGUGUGGAAUGAGAAGCCGGAGGAGGUGGCGAAAAAUGCCAAUGCGGGAUUUGGUCAGAUUGAGAAAUAUUUCGGUCAGCUCCUUGAGCUCAAAGCAGAUAAAGAUGAGCUCAAGAGAGAGUUGAUUUUGGUAGCGCUGGAGGCCGGGAAAGAAAGAAUAGACCGUGAGUGGGGAGGAUUGGAUCAGGGGACAAAAUUCCCGCAAGUGAGUUUGCUGAGGUUGUUUUUAUCCGAGGGCGAUGAGGAAUUGCAGAAGUUGGUUCUCUUGACCUGUUGUCGGAUGAUGGAAGGCGGGAUUCAUGAUCAGGUCGGCGGUGGCUUCCAUCGCUACGCGGUGGAUCGUGAGUGGUUGGUGCCGCAUUUUGAAAAGAUGCUCUACGACCAAGCCCAGAUGCUAGAACUCUAUCUCGAUGCGUGGUUACUCACGAAGGAUGAGUCCUAUCUUGCGGUGGCUCGGGGGAUUGCUGAUUAUGUGAUGGGAGAGAUGCGCCAUGAAGGUGGGGGAUUUUAUUGCGCACAGGACGCGCAGAGUGAAGGGAAAGAAGGAAAGUAUUUCUGCUGGACGCUCAAGGAAUUAGACGAGUUGUUAGAUGACGAAGAAUUGACGGUCGUGAAGGAAGUCAUGGGGGUGACAGAAAAGGGAAAUUUUUUAGAUCAUAGCGACCCCGAUCCCCUACACAAUCUCAACGUGAUCCAUUUCAAAAAGAAGUGGGGACCAAUGCGCUCAAAGAAGGUGGCGCCCGGCAAGGAUGAUAAAAUUUUAGCAUCGUGGAAUGGCUUGAUGAUUGGAGCGUUGGCGCGGGCUAGUCAUGUCACCGGUGAGAAAAAAUAUUUGGAAGCGGCGCAGAAGGCACACGCUUUUGUGAAAGGGAAGCUGUGGGAUGGAGAAAAGCUCUACCAUCGCUGGCGCGAGGGUGAACGUGAUGCCUCAUUGCAGGCGGAGAGUUACCUUUAUCUCUUACGCGGCACACGCAUGCUCUAUCAGGCGACGCUCGAGGAAGAGUAUUUGGACUUCGCGGUCGAGUUAGCGGAUGGAGCGACGAAUUUAUUUUAUGACAAAGAUCAAGGUGGUUUUUUCCAAGGAGAAGCUCGAAAGGAUUUAGUGAUUCGAAUUAAGGGAGAGUUCGAUGGAGCGACGCCUUCCGAGAGCUCGGUGGCGACGACAGAGUUCGGGAUUUUGGCCGCCAUUACAGGGGAGAAAAAAUAUGAAGAAAUAGCCGAGAAGACAUUGCGAGCCUACGUACCGCUCAUGAAGCAAUCGGCUCUCGGCAUGUGCGGCAUGAUGGCAGGGCUGGAUUUUUAUCUUAGUAAACGAUCCCGCUUGGUGGUGACCGAGGGAGAAGGAUGUGAGAAGUGGCUGGAGGCGGCUCAUCAACAAUUCGAAAUGCCGGUGCUUCUGGGGACAAAAGGAAAGGUCGAUCCAUUUUCUGCGGGGCUACCGAUGAAGGAUCAAAAAGCGACGGGCUAUCUUUGCGUCGGGCAAGCCUGUCGCGCUCCGGAGACAGAUUCCUCCCAGCUUACCAAGAUUUUGCAAGAAGGCGUGAAAGAAUAA